GCGAACCGGCGCGAGCGAGCAUCAGUUCUACCGACAACUUGUCCGAGUACAACGACGAAUUUUCAUUCCAGUUCGACCUAACGUUGACCCGCGACUCGCUUUUUGAGAAAAUCCCACCCCCGAAUAACUGCAGAGGAAAAAAAUAAGACGCGACGGUUUCAAAUAUUUUUUAAAUCCCAAAAAAAGACUUUUUUCCUAAGAAACCAUGUGGCAACGGACUUUCUGCUUGCUCGGAUCGUUUCUAGUGUUGUGCACGCUCCCCUCGAAAAGUGACGUUCCCCUCGACGUUUUAAAACAGUACAUAGAAUUGCUAGACGAGCAGGAGUUGAAAACAGCGGAAAAGAAAGAUUCCCGAAACGACGAACCGAGCGGAGAGACCGGUGGGAGGCCUGCAGAUGCCACAGAUCCCGACGAGUUUGGAUGCUGGAGAUAUUGCGUGGAGAAAAAAGCCUCCGAAGGUGGUGCACGGAACGGGGAAUCGACGAAACGUGUCAACAUCGUUUGGAACGUCGUCGACGACGCAGAAGUGGCAAUCGCUGAAAAAAGAGCGAGCAGUUGGGGAAUAUUUACCGAUCGGGACAACGACCUCCGAUGGGAAUCCUCGCCCAUGGCGUCCGAAAAAUUGAACAGUUUUCACAGCACCGACACGAAGUGUGAAUUGUUCCUCGAAAUCGGCUGCGCAUCUUUGGACCAAUCCGAAUCGAGUUUUCCGACGAUCCUCGACGAGUUUACGAACGCAAAAGAGAACGAGCUGAUUUCGAAAAGUUACGUAACCGGCUCAACCUCGACGCCGAUCAGGGUCGGCGAGGAUAUCGAAGAGCUGAGAAUUCUCGCGUUCGGAGUGUUAUUGCAGCUCGUAUUGGAAGUCCCGAUCGCACAACCAGCAAAUAACUCGACAACGACGAGGGGAGCGAGACCAGUGUUUUCGUUGUCGCGCACCAGUGACGCAGAGGGCUUAUUCGUCGACGCGCGCAACCCUCCGCCGGGCGAAUGGCGGCUCGGUCUCUUGGGGAUGGCGAAUUUGAAUUACAGCUUCACCGUCACCUCUGCGGCCUCGGAAAAACUUGCGGGACUUUCGAACGAGAAACAUCCGCCGAUCGCAAUGCCGAUGAGCAAAAUCUCGGGGGAAGACGAGGCUGGCCAAUCGGACAUGGAACUGAGCGAGAAUCUGAUGAGACCUCAACGAAUGGCGUACCCGAAAGUCACCGACGAUAAUGAUUCUGUGGAAACAAUCAAGUUGGUUGAGCGCCAAGAGAUGAGGAGCCGAAUGAGGCCGAGGAAUGAUUCGAGGACUGCUAACUCUUCGUUCCCCGGCGUGCUAGCUAGAAAACUCAUAACAAAAACGGACAGGGGACUCGCCGCCGAAUUGGAGCUGAGCGAUUACUCGAGGGGCAUCGACGAAGUGCAGCAGUUCAAGAAGAGACUGGUCGUUGAUGUCCAUCCGGAUGCGAAACUCAUCGUUAGUCCGGGGGUUGUUCAUGACGUCGUGUUCACGGUUACGAACAAUCAGCCUCUGGAAAUAAGGCACCUUUUCCGAGGGAGCAGCAGCCAAUUUCCAUUCGUCACAGUGAUCCCCAACGAGGCCUGGAUAAGACCCGAGGAAACGAUAAACGUUGCGGUUCGGAUCGCAGUUCCAAACUCGGAGCAAACCGAGCCAAACACGGUGACGCUUUACGCGCGUGGAAACGACGAGACCAGUGAAAAGUCGACUUACGUCUACGUUCAAAGUUCCGAUGGGAGAACGCCAACGGACACUGAAAAGCCGAAGAUCGAUUGGUCGUUCAAUGACAAUUGCGCCGGCAAACUUCACCGGGAUCGAUGCGCCCGGAGUCGAUGGAGCACCGAGAUCACGGUCAGCGACACUGGUUCCGGCCUAAAACGAGUCACGUCUGUGCCGAGUGGUGUUGAACCUCUGAACGAAUUCAUCAGCGGAACGAAACAACAGACGAUUUUCUAUUACAGCUCGACUUGCUGCUAUACCACCGUCGAUAUCAGCGCGAUUGAUUUGCAAGGAAAUUCAUACACGCGAAGAAUAGACGUCACAGCUUGGGAUAAUCUCAGUCCAGGCGAAAUAGCAGCAAUCGUCUUGGGAUGUCUCCUGAUCCUGUUGCUCCUGAUUUGCUUAAUUGCUCUCAUAAUCUGCUGCAUCCGAAGAAGAAAAAGCCACGAUUUGUCAUACUCGCAGAGAUACGGUUCGAGAUCACCAGCCAAUGCGUAAAGAUCCAAUUUCUGAGCCCAAUUUCUCCAUGAAAUUUAUUACAAAACAAAAAUAAUAUUUAUAAAACAAAUUUUAAUAGCAAGUAAUUCAUUAAUUUUGUAGAUUUUAAUGAAGCCUUUUAAUGAAAAAAAAAAUUGUAUUUUUCACUCGAAAAUUACUCGUUAAACGAGUUAAAAACACACGAAAAGUCAGAAAACGACCUUAAAACGAGCGAUUUUACCUGAUGCCAUUGUUCUAUAAUUAAAAAAAAAUAUAUAUUCGAAGCGCCUGAAUACUGAUGGAAUUAUGUCAAGAUAUACGGUGCUAAUAAUAAAUUGGAAUGCUAAAAUUAUGUCCAAAUAAAGUCAUUGACUGCGAAUGUA